UCCGUUUCGCGCGCGAGAACUUCGAAAGCGCCGUUGCCAUGGCAGUGCGCCAUCGGAACACCGCGGUCCGUUACGGCCGCGCGGGGCCCCCCGGCACUCCGUGGCCGCCGGAGCGAGGGGAGGUAGCGCGGAACCUCCAGGCGGAGCUGGAGGAGGAGGAGGAAGGCGGCGGCAAAGGAGAGCUGCUGGGCGGCCUCGGGAGAAGCCCCGUGUCCCGGGCUACCCUGGCCCCGCUGCCGGACGGGGCGGCUCGCCGGUGGCCGAGCAGGGCCUUCUCCGUGCUGUGUUGCCUCCUGGCCGUGUCCUUGCUGGCUUUCCUGCUGGCCAUCGCUUGCCUGGUACUGAGAGAUUUGCGAUCUGAAAAAGGGAAGACCGAUGAGAAUAUAGAAACAAGCAUUUUAGGAUUUUGGAGUCUACUUGUUCUAUCCUUGAUGAGUGGACUUUCAUGUUGCAGUUUUUCUUGGACAGUGACCUAUUUUGAUUCCUUUGAACCGGGAAUGUUUCCUCCUACUCCACUCUCACCUGCACGAUUCAAGCGAAUGACUGGGCACUCCUUUCACAUGGGCUACAGUAUGGCCAUACUGAAUGGAAUAGUGGCAGCUCUUGCCCUAGUAUGGUGUCUCCUUUAGUCUGUACUGAGAACUUUCUCAUAGAGAGACAGCUUUCUAGACGACGCUUGAAGCUGCCUUCACACAAACAAACCAUCCAUGUGUUCAGUAUACUUGCCUCAAUCUCUGUUUUAAUAUGCUUUCUCCAAAAUGAUGCCAAAUGUUUUAGGAAGCAGCUGGAGGCAUUUCUAAAACAAAUCAACGGGUGGAGACAGAUUAAUAAGGAAAGGAGGUGUACACAAAAUGUCCGGCUGCAGAAAUGAUUGCAGCAUUUUCAAAAGACUUCAUGAGGCAACCACUUCGUGAGAAUUAGCUCAAGAUUGUUGCUGAUAAAAUGCUCAAAAUAGC